GGAGGAAAAAAAGGGUGGUGCAGAAAGAAAUUUCAACAGUGAAACAUGACCUAACUUGUCCAAUACUGAAGACACAGCGCAGGAGGGGGAAGAGAGAGCGAGAGUGAAGAAGAGGAGGAAGAAAAGGGCAAAGGGUUGGUUUUGUUGAUGAAUCGAGAAUGUUUCGAAACCAGUACGACACGGAUGUGACGACAUGGAGCCCUGCGGGGCGGCUGUUCCAGGUGGAGUACGCGAUGGAAGCGGUGAAGCAGGGCUCGGCAGCGAUCGGUCUCCGAUCCAAGACGCACGUGGUUCUGGCAUGUGUCAACAAGGCCAACUCCGAACUCUCCUCGCACCAAAAGAAGAUCUUCAAGGUCGACAACCACAUCGGCGUGGCCAUCGCCGGCCUCACCGCCGAUGGCCGAGUCCUUUCCCGCUACAUGCGAUCCGAGUGCAUCAACUAUAACUAUACCUACGAGUCCCCUCUCCCCGUGGGUAGGCUCGUUGUUCAGCUCGCCGACAAGGCACAGGUUUGUACACAGCGAUCGUGGAAACGACCAUAUGGGGUUGGUCUUCUGGUAGCGGGAUUAGAUGAAUCAGGAGCUCACCUCUAUUACAACUGUCCGAGUGGAAACUAUUUUGAAUAUGAGGCUUUUGCUAUUGGGUCUCGCUCUCAAGCUGCAAAGACAUAUUUGGAACGCAAGUUUGAUAACUUCGUGGGCUCUUCUCGAGAAGAUCUUAUCAAAGAUGCACUUAUAGCGACUAGGGAGUCUUUGCAAGGUGAAAAACUGAGGAGUUCUGUCUGCACCAUUGCUGUAGUUGGAGUUGGUGAACCAUUCCACAUUUUAGAUCAGGAAACUGUUCAACAGUUGAUUGAUUCUUUUGAGAUUGUGAGGGAGGAAGAACCUCCAGCUGAAGAAGCUCAGCCAGAUGCUCCCACAGACCAGGCUUCUGGUCCAGAUCAAGGUGCAGCUGCUGGAGAUCCAGGAGCUUCUCCCAUGGAAAUUUGAUUAGUAAAAAUCUAUUUCUAGAGGUGUUAAAUUAAAGAUGCAGUUUCGUAUGAUGUAUUUAUUUGCGUCAAUAUGUUUGUCUCUGCAAUUCAUCCGAGCCUCAUCAUUGUAAACAAUUUAAUAGCUGUUUGAUGAACCUCACUGAAAUUUUGGAAGAAAAAUGUUGGAUAUAACCGUGCUUCA